AUGGGCCCAGAGGUGGGCUUGCACCCUAGAAUGACCGACACACGAGAUGAGGGUUCAGAAGCACGGCAUCCAGGCCCCACGACGGCAGGGAAUGGGGGAGUGAGUCUUAGGCACAAGCAGAGGCCCAGUUACCAGAACCAAGACCUAAAGUUGAGGUUUCAACUAGCAGCCAUGGGCGCAGCUGCAACUAGCAGCUGGCUCAGUCUCGCGGUGGAGCGAGCCAGGGACGGCUUACACCCGACACGGACUGUGGAACCGCACGUGCCCGAGGUGCAAGUCCAAGUCAAAUGUCGAAGGAGAGCCUCCCUGAGCGACCAAGGGUGUCAGCUGUACCCAAGGCGGUCUCGGCAGCAGCAAGUACCUGUGGUGGAUUUCCAGGCCGAACUGGGACGGCGAUUCUUCGCUGGGACACCAAGCAGUGGUGAAAGCAGCACUGGAACAUCCAGCUUAGCCGAUUGCCAGCGGAAGAAGCAGCCUCCGUCUACUGUUUGAAGCUCCUGCCCCAAGCUUGCACUGUGUGUAGGAGAGCCUCCGUCACACCUUUAUCUGUAGCCUUCCCCCAGGCCUUAAGGAUCCUGAAACCUUA